UUGCGGACGGAAUUGUAUGGGAAAGGCUAAUCCAUAUACAUCGAUGUUCAGAUCAGCUAGUCACGCUGGUGGUCAUUGGAGCACUGCCCUGCAGCCCGCUUGCAGCAACGCAACAGCUUUCAAAGAGUUAUCAAAUAUCCCGAGUGAAGUGCAUCUCCGUGCUGCCUGGCUCAGAGCCCUCGGCAAACAAGACAACCUACCAGACUCUGCUGUGGUCUGCUCGCAGCAUUUUCUCAAUGAAGACAUUUAUGAAACAGAAAGUGGCUCAAGGCAAAUUCGUUCUCAUGCUGUUCCUUCAACAGUGCAGGUUUGCAUGAUAUGCCUAGACACUGACAGCAAGCUGAUACUAAUGAGUAAAUACGCAUUGGAAGAAUCAUAUGAAAAGUUAACUGGAGAGCCUUUGUGUGAUCAAGGAAACCUAAAACCAACACCUUGUGUACAAUGUGCUCAGAGAUUGAUAAAUUUUAAUAGAUUUAGAGACAAGAGCUUGAGAGCCCGUGCACUGAUGAUGGACUUAGUUCAAAAACAUGGAUUAAUUACAGGACAACAUAUAAAACUGAUAAACCGCACAAAACACCAACUAAAGAGUAAUAUGGUGUUCACAACGCUAGGGCCUGACCACUGUGACUUGCACAUACUAGAACACCCCUCAGAAGACAACCAGAAAGAAUUAGAGGAAACCAGACUGGAAAGUAUCAUUAAAAUUGAAGGAAAUGAUGAGUCCAUGACGGCUGAUGAAGACAUGAAAAUGGAGAAUGAAGAUGACAAUAAUGUCAGUGACUUUAUUCGGGACCCAUUAAAGUACGAAAGUGCUCCCUUCCAAUGUACAUUUUGUUGGGAGGAGUUUGUCCAUGAACAUGCGUACAUGCAACAUAUGUGCACAUAUCUCCAGGACGGUAACGGCGAUGGUGAAUAUGAGACGUCACAAGUAAGCAAGCCUCAUACAGCUGUGAGCUCCAGCUCUGCACACUCUGCACUCAGCACUGAGAUGAAGCAUGCAGGUCCCAGUACUUCCACACACGCCGCGAUGGCCUUAGUCAUUCCUGACAAAGAGCCAGCAAAUGAAGAUACCGAUGCAGUCCGGGAAAGUAAACCAGUAUUUGAACUAAACAAUGGCGCAUUCGAUAACCAUACAUCCGAUAUCAGCUGCAAAAGGAACAUAAACAUUAGUAGAUUAACAAAUUGCGUAGUUAAAUUAUAUGACAUUUUCAAAAACCCUAAGGUCAAUCAGAACAUUGCCUCUAAAGAUAUCAAUUAUCAUGCAAAUGAAAUCCCUACGACAGUAGACGUUGGACCAGACAUUAAUACAGUUAAAGCUUUACAAAGUAAAACUGAUUGUUUGAAGAAUGACAAUAACAUGCAAUGUAAUAAUUCUUUAGAAAAUAGUUCACACGUCGAGGAAAGAGGGUUCAUUUGUGACAUUUGUAGAAAAAUGUAUAACCGAAAAUGUCUCUUAGUUAAACACAUAAAGACUCACAGUGAAGUCGGACUGUUCACUUGCAACAUUUGCCAGUACAAAUGUAAAUAUCAAAGUUAUUUGAAGAUUCAUAUGAGAACUCACACUGGUGAAAAACCUUUCUUGUGUAAGUUAUGCAAUUACAGAUGUAUACAAAGUAGCUAUCUAGUGCAGCACAUGAGAACCCACACUGGUGAUAGACCUUUCUCAUGUAAGUUAUGCGACUACAAAUGUGCAACAAAUAGCAGUCUAGUGACGCACAUGAGAACCCACACUGGUAUCAAACCUUUCUUGUGCAACUUAUGCAAUUACAAAUGUACAGAAAAUAGCACUCUAGUGACGCACAUGAGAACCCACACUGGUGAAAGACCUUUCUCUUGUAAGUCAUGCAAUUACAAAUGUGCAACAAAUAGCACUCUAGUGAUGCACAUGAGAACCCACACUGGUCAAAGACCUUUCCCGUGUAAGUUAUGUGAUUACAAAUGUGCAAGAAAUAGCACUCUAGUGAAGCACAUGAGAACCCACACGGGUGAAAAACCUUUCUCGUGUAAGUUAUGCAAUUACAAAUGUGCAAGAAAUGACACUCUAGUGAGGCACAUGGGAACCCACACUGGUAAAAAGCCAUACUCCUGCAAGAUAUGCGAGUACAAAUGUGCAAAUAGUAGUCAUCUAGUUCAGCACAUGAGAACCCACACUGGUAUCAAACCUUUCUUGUGCAACUUAUGCAAUUACAAAUGUACACAAAGUAGUAGUCUUGUGCAGCACAUGAGAACCCACACUGGUGAAAGACCUGUCUCGUGUAAGUUAUGCAAUUACAAGUGUUCACAAAGUAGUCAUCUAGUGCAGCACAUGAGAACCCACACUGGUAUCAAACCUUUCUUGUGCAACUUAUGCUAUUACAAAUGUACACAAAGUAAUAGUCUUGUGCAGCACAUGAGAGCCCACACUGGUGAAAGACCUUUCUUGUGUGAGUUAUGUGAUUACAAAUGCGCACGAAAUAGCACUCUAGUGACGCACAUGAGAACCCACACGAAGCCAUACUCCUGCAAGAUAUGCAAGUACAAAUGUGCACAUAAAGCUAGUCUAAUGAGUCAUAUAAGAACUCACACUGCCAUUGGUGAAACGCCUUCAUCAAGUUCGUGAACCGCACGUCUCACUCCACCACCGGAGAAUGCUCGGGAGAUAAACUCUACAACAGACAGUGUGUAGUGUUCUUUGUGUAGAGUGUAUCUUGGAGGAUCUGGGUAUGAGUGAUAUGACACACCCACUUUGGGAUGCCCUGACAUUAAUGAAGACACUACACGUUAUUAUUAUAUUAUGAUUAUUCGUCAGAAAAUAGUUAUUAAAAUAUAAGGUUACUUUUUAAGUCGAACGACAUUGUCCUAGGCUGAUUACUAUAUUCUGACACGCGUAGGAUAAACCAGUUUGACGUAGCAUAAUUUAAGUAGUUUGGACUUAGGCCUGAAAUCAAGUUGCAAACGCAUAACUGUUAAAUUACUUAUUACUUAAUAUUAUUGAUACAACCUUUUUUAUUUAGUAUAAUUAUUUUAAUAUGUAUAUAUAUCUUAGAUUUGAUUAUAAUAUUACAUACUACGACCGAAUCGACAAACGUCGAUUGAACAUAUUUUAUUGUCAGCGCUUGUUGACUAUUUCAUGAAAUGCCACCAUUUUAAUUCUACGAUCUGGCUAUGACAUAGAUAAGAAUGUUUAAUGUGGGAUAGUAUUAAAAGUAUAACAAUUAAA